AUGGGGAACGCGGUGAGCCGGCCCAGCUGCCUGGGCCAGAAGAGCCGGCGGCCGGAGGAGCUCCCACGGGAGCUGCAGCUCCGGGAUGUGGGGCUGGACACGGGGCAGCCGCCGGGCCAGAGCAUCGCCGAGGCCCCGCUGGGGCCGCCAGAGAAGCCGCCGGUGGAGAACGGCUGGAGCCCGGCGCCCGGAGCCGACCGGAGCCCCCCGGGCAGCCCCGUGCUGCGGCGCAGCCGGUCGGAGGUGACGGUGCCGAACGGCGGCACGGGCGGGGUCCUGGUCGGGGGGGCUGCAACCUGGACCCCUCCCCGGGCUGGUGCCCCCCGCGGAACCUGGUCCUGGAAGCCCCUCACCACGCGGGAGGUGACGGAGGUGACCGAGGUGACCGAGACCAUCGUGACGGAGAUCGUGGAGGUGACUGAGUACCCGGCAGGCGAGAAGGGCGGCGAGCCCCUGGUCACCCGCACGGUGACGGUGCUGACGGAGCUGGUGGCUGGACAGACAGACGCCACCGAGGUGUCCCUGGGGGCUGUCCCCAUGCCGGAGGAGGCGGUGGGCGUGGAGCGGGGCCAGGACACACUGGAAAGCCUGCUGGUUUGGGUGGCUGACAUGGAGGAGCUGGUGGGCAACCAGAAGCCCCCCUCAGCAGAGGUGAAGGUGGCCAAGGCCCAGCUGGAGGAGCAGAAGCUCCUGAAGCGGCUGCUGGAGGAGCGGAGGCCGCGGGUGGAGCUGGUCCUGCAGGACAGAGCUGUGCUGGCUUGUGGCUCCACGGAACAUGGCUCUGGCACGGAACACGGCUCCAGCACAGAACAUGGCUCUGGCACGGAACACAGCUCCAACACUGCACAUGACUCCAGUGCAGAUCAUGGCUCCAACAUGGAACACAGCUCCAGCAUGACACAGGACUCUGGCAUGGAACAUGGCUCUGACACGGAACAUGGCUCUGGUGCAGCUCAUGGCUCUGUUGCAGCUCAUGGCUCCAGCGUGGAACACGGCUCCAACAUGGAACACAGCUCCAGUACAGCCCAGGGCUCCGGCACCGCUCACAGCUCCAUCACACCGGUGCCCCAGGGGAGCAGCAGCCUUUCUGGGCUGGGGCCACGGUGGGAGAAACUGGUGCAGGAGGCUGAGUCCAGGUACCAGCACCUGGAGCGGAUCCUGCCGGCAGCUCAGGCCUUCCAGGAGACCACGGAUUCCUUCCAGGAGUGGCUGGGAGCCACUGAGAGGCAGGUGGCCCAGCUCUGGCACCACAAUGGCUGCCUCAGCCGCCUGCGGGAUGCCCACCAGCACAGCCAGGCCCUGUGUGAGGAGAUCCGCGGCCACUUGGGAGAGCUGGACAUGGCCCUGGAGAGGGGACAGCGGGUCCUGGAGAUGGUGACAGGGGAGGAGGCGCGGCUGGCGCAGGAGAAGCUGGAGGCGCUGCGGGUGCGGUACCUGCUGCUGGGCCAGGGCAGCGCCGACGCUCGGCACCGCCUGGGACAGACCCUGGAGGCUUCGUCCCGCCUGGGCACUGCCCAGGAGGACCUGGCGUUGUGGCUGAGCCGCCUGGAGCAGGAGCUGGCCUCUGGGGACAGUCACACCGGCGGCCAGGAGCUAUCCCUCAGCGACAGCGACAGGGAGAAGUUCCAGCAGAUCCUGGAGCUCCAGCUCUCCCGCUUGGCCGGGCUGGACCAGCGUCUGGAGGAGAUUGGCCAGGUCCAGCUGGACACCCAGGCUCUCUGCUCCCAGCUCUCCCAGCAGAAGCUGCUCUCGGCCGAGGUGCUGCUGCAGCGGGGGCUGGUAGAGCGGCUGCUGCGGCUGUGGGAGCUGCUGCUGGAGCCCCUGCGACUGCAGCUGCAGCCGGCAGUGCAGGCGCUGCGGGAGCGCACGGAGCAGCUCUGGGGGCGCUGCGGGGCCAGCGCGGCGCGGCUGGAACGAGCCCAGGCUCUGCUGGACCAGUUUGCCCAGGCCCAGCAGGAGCUGGAGCCGUGGCUGGAGGAGGCGCAGGAGCUGGGGGGGCAGCUCGUCCCGGAGGCCAUCAGCUGUGAGGGCUUCAAGGAGCAGCAGGCACUGCUGCAGUGCCUGCGGGAGGCCCUGGCCGAGCACCGGCCGGUGCUGGGGCAGCUGCAGCGCGCGGCGGCGGAGCUGUCGGAGCUGAGCCCGGCGCAGGGAGCGCGGUUCCUGCAGCGCGGGCAGCGGGCGGAGGAGCGGUACGGGGCGCUGCGGCAGCGCCUGCGCCAGGCCAGCGCCCUGCUGGAGGACGCGCUGCCGCGGUACAGCCAGCUGUCGGAGCGCAUGUCCCUGCUGCUGGAAUGCUUGGAGCGGGUGCGGAGCCGCCUGCAGAGCCGGCCCUCGGUGCGGGGGGACGCGGCGCAGCUGCGGGAGCGGCUGCGGGAGAACAGCCUGGCCCUGGGCGAGCUGGAGAAGCUGGGGGUGGCCCUGGAGACGGUGCAGGCCCAGGGCAGUGACCUGCUGGCCAGCAUGCGGGCGGCCAGCUUCGACAGCAACGCCGGAGGGCUCCAGGAGCGGGUGGCGGAGCUGGGGUCCCUCUGGGGGUCCCUGCGGGGCAGUUGCCAGGAGCAGGAGCAGUGGCUGCGGGACCUGCUGGCCCAGGCUGAGCGGUUCUGGCCCAGCCUGGCCGAGCUGGCGCUGGCGCUGGGGGACACUCAGCAGCUGGUGCUGGGGCUGGAGGAGCCCGGCCCAGAGCCCGAGGCCAUCCGUGCUCAGCUGCACACCAUGCAGGCGCUGCGGGAGGAGGUGGAUUCACUGCAGGGGGAGCUGGACGCGCUGGGCAGCCUGGGUGUGGAGCUGAUGUCCCACUGCGGGGACCCCGACCGCCCCGAUGUCACCAGGAGCCUGGAUGAGCUCUACUCCUCCUGGCACAGCCUGAACAGGGUGUGGGGCGAGCGCUUCUCCCGGCUGGAGGAGCAGCUCCAGGGAUCGCUGCGCUCCCAGGAGGCCGUGCAGCGCCUGUCAGCCUGGCUGGACGCGGCCGAGCUGCGCGUGGCCGGGGAGGGGACGUUCCUGCUCAGCGGGGACCCGGAGCUGGUGCAGCAGCAGCUGGCGGAGCUGAAGGAGUUCAAGCGGGAGCUGUACCAGUGCCGGGUGGAGGUGGAGAGCCUGCGGCACCGGGGGGGCUGCGGGCAGGGGGGCUCCCCCGGCCCGCCCCGCGACCUGCAGCGCCGCUGGGACCGGCUGGAGGAGGAGAUCGUCAGCCGGCAGCACCAGCUGGAGGCGGCGCUGCUGGGGCUGGGCCAGUUCCGGCACCAGCUGGAGGAGCUGCUGGCCUGGCUGGCCCGGGUGGGCGAGCAGCUGCAGGGCCCCGUGGCCACCAUCCCCGACCUGCAGCACUGCGAGGUUGAGCUGGCCAAGCACAAGGUGCUGAGGAACGACGUGAUGUCCCACGCCCGCACGGUGCAGUCGGUGAGCGAGGCCGGGCAGGGGCUGCUGGUGGCCAGCCUUGGGGACAGCGUGGAGGGGCUCCAGCAGGGCCUGCAGCAGCUCCACCAGUGCUGGGACCUGGUGCAGACCCAGACCGAGAGCCGGCAGCUGGAGCUGGAGAACAACCUCAGCCAGGUCCAGGACAUCACCCUGGAGAUCACCGAGCUGCUGCAGUGGCUGGAGCAGGUGGAGCUGCAGCUCUGUUUCUCCAAGCCAGCCUGGGGACACCCAGAGACCACCAGAGAGGAGCUGGCAGCUCACGUGGAGCUGUGCCGGGCACUGGAGUCGCGGCAGGAGGCCUACGUGGGGCUGCGGGGGCGGCUGCAGCGCCUACUGGUGCCAGGGCGCGCCGGGCCCUGCAGCACCGAGCACAGCCUGCGCCUGCUGGAGCAGAAGUGGGCCAGCGUCCAGGCUGAGGCCCAGGACAGGAAGGAGCAGCUGGCCGAGGGGCUGCGGCUCAGCACUGAGUUCCAGGGCACAGCACAGGAGCUCCUGCGCUGGCUGGCCCAGGCUGAGGAGCUGCUGGGGAGCCCCGAGCCUCCCAGUGUUGUCCUUGAUACUGUCACUGCCCAGAUCCGGGAGCACAAGGCCCUGGAGCAGGAGGCCAUCAGCCGUGGGGAGCAGCUCAGCAGCCUGGAGGCCAUGGCCACCCGUCUGAGGGACUCCAGCAGGAAGCAGGACGGGGCCGUCACCCGGAGCCUGGUGCUGGCGGCCCGGGAGCGGCUGGGGAAGGUGCUGCAGCGGGCGGCGGAGCGGGGCGCGGCGCUGGAGGAGGCGCGGAAGCGCAGCAAGGAGUUCAUGGAGUCCCGGCGUCUGCUCCUGGACUGGAUGGACGAGGUGGAGCCGAGCCUGGAGGUGCCGGGGGACGCUGCCGGCAGCCAGGAGGAGAUCAAGGGGCAGCUGGUGGAGCACAAGGCGUUCCAGCGGCUGCUGCGGGCCAAGCGCCCGGUGUACGAGGCCACGGUGCGGAGCGGGCGGGCGCUGCGGGAGGGGGCGCGGAGCCCCCGGGACCGGCCCCCGCUGGAGGAGCUGCUGGGGGAGCUGAAGGAGCGCUGGGACGGGCUGUGGAGCCGGGCGGCGGAGAGGCAGCAGAAGCUGGAGCAGAACCUGCUGUUCUCGGGGAAGUUCUCGGAGGCGCUGCAGGCCCUCAUGGACUGGCUGUACCGCGCCGAGCCCCAGCUCAGCCCCGACGCCCCCCUCGGCGGGGACCGUGACCUGGUGGGUGACCUGAUGGACAAGCAUAAGGUGUUCCAGAAGGAGCUGGGGCAGCGUGCGGGCUGCGUGCGGGCGCUGCAGCGCUGGGCGCGGGACCCGGCGCGGGGUGCCCUGGAGUCGCGCUGGCUGCAGCAGCAGCUGGAGGAGCUGGGAGCGCGCUGGGAACUGGUCUGCCGGCUCUCCCUUGGGAAGCAGGCCCGGCUGGAGGCUGCGCUGCGCCAGGCAGAGGAGUUUCACACCCUUGUACACACCUUCCUGGGGCGUCUCUCCGAGUCUGAGAAAACCCUCAAGUUCGGGGUGUUCCCUGAGGAGGAGCCAGCAGUGCAGGAGUGCCAGGAGCAGCUGCAGGUCCGUGACAGCCCUGGGCAGCCCCGGCCUCCCUGGUGGCCCUGUCCUUACCCUGGGACAUCAUCCUGUUGUUGUGUUGUCACUGGGGAGAAGUGA